AUGGAAGUUGUCUAUAAGAAAGUCGAUGAUUACGUGGAUUCUUUGGCCCCGCAUAUCCAACCCCGCAUUACCGCCGAGCUCGAUGUGUUUCAGCAGAAGACCAUCGACAGUCUAGAGGACCAGGUCAUCGACGCCUUUCGUUCGCUGUUCAAGAAAGACUCAGGCGAUAACGGAGGGAGGGGUGACUUGAAAGAUGCAGCCCCAGAUGCUUAUGGCGGCCAGUCGUUGCCUUUCGCAGACGAGAUCGCCAAGUUAACGCGCAGCUUCGGCAAAAUUUCCGACGAAGCGGGCGACGAUGUACGUGAAAUCUUCAACCUGACCGAAGGCCGCGAUGGCUCUGGAGACGUGCAAUCUCGUGGGAUGGAGCCUUCGAGAGGGGCGGAAGCUAGAGGCUUUCUUGCGUCGGCGUUGGAUGCUGUGCAAGAUCAUCUAGAUGACAACAGGGACAGUAGUUCUGGCAGAGCAGGAUUCCAGCUCGACGGACUCCUUGGCGUCAUCAGCAACACCGUCAAAGAGGCUUCCCGCAACCCGGAGGAGAAGGCCCGCCUCAUCAGUCCGGAGAUCAAGGAUAAAAUUGGCGCGAAGCUGAGAGAACAGCACAGCUCAAUCGCGGAGCAGUUCACGCGUAUUGCGCUUGAACACAUCAAACGUUGGCUCCGCGGCAACACCAGUUCCCGCGACUUGGGUGAUGGCGCCAAAGCCGAGAUCGAAGACCAGGUCAUGGAUAUCGUCAAGGGCAUCGGCGGCCUAUUCGGAAAGAAACAUUCGAGCGAAGAGUCAUCUAGGGGUAUCGGUGAGCGUGCGCAGGGCGAUAAUGGCGACGAGCGAGGCGGUGGCUUCUCGAGGGUCAUUAGCAAUAAACUUAGUACCGGUCUUGCCAAAGUCCAUCGCGAGGUCCGCCUCGAAUUCAGAAAGAUCCUUGGUGCGAUCGAAAAACAGUUGUUCGAGUUACUCCCCGAUCAAUUCCAGCGCCCGCUAGAAAGAAUCUUGGGUGGCAACCCAUUCGAUGAGCGGCUCGAUCGUGAUGCUGGGUCAUAUGCGGACCGUGACUUUGGUGACGACAUCAAAGCUACGCUCCUCAAUAAGAUUCGAGACUUGGUCAGGAAAGUGCAAGAGAGUCUGCGAGGGAGUAUCCUAGGUGUAGUCAAUGGUGGACAUCGCAAAUUCGAGCGCGAAAGCUGGGUGUUCGUGCAGGACAUCGUAGAGCAGAAGGUGCAGCGAUAUCUGCCUGAUGUGAAGAUCAGCGUCCCAGACGAUAUUGGAAAUGAGAAUGUCAGCGUGGGGGCGCCGACGGCUGGUAUACAGCUCGGGCAGUUUGCGCCUUCUUCACAAGGAGGAUACGACCGAUCUACGACCCAUGAGCAACAGGGUAGUCGGGUACAUCAGCAGCAGGACCCCAAUCCUCCCACACAACCUCGGUAUCAUCAAGAGUAUCGAGCCAGUGAUCACUCCCGGUACCAAGUCUCUCGACCCGAACAGCAGCAGCCGCAAUACCAGUCAAGUCAAGCCCCCGGCUAUGGUCGCGAUCAAGGCUAUCAACAGCACAAGGACUAUCCCUCGAAGGAAGGGUACCGAGCCAACCAAGACAACCAGGAUUACCAACGAGAUGAGGGCUACCAGCAAGGUGGCGAGUAUGGCCACGCGCAAGGGGGGAAUCGGGAGAACCAGGGCUAUGAAGGAAGCUGGGGAUACCAUGGGGGCCAGAAGUACGGACACAACCCGCCAUACUAA